CUUCAGGCCGUGAUUUCUCCGCGAUAUCAUACUUUUUGUACUCCGGACUCUACGCGACGGGAACAGCAGUUUGGGGUCGCCAGAUGUGGAGGUGAUACGGCUCCAGGAGCGGCGGUGUUGUUCGUUAUCGCCCCGCGACCCACUCGAUUGAGCUGCUGUUUGCAGUGACCGUCUUUGAAGUCUCCCUUCGCCCGUUCCCUACAACGGGGUAUUCCAGAGAAAUGGAAUAAUACCAUUGCAAUAUGGAUUUUUUUGACCUACGCUCUCAUUCUUUAUCCACCGCAGGACUCUGGGGAAAGUGGAGAUUCAUAUUUAUUAUGUCUUGCUACCCGCCUGGAUAUCUCAUAUAUACCCAAUGUCCCAUUGCAAUAAUGUUUAUAUCUCCCAAGGAUGCAGAGAGAUUCGCUCUUUCAAGGGCACUAUAACCUAUGGCCGAAAACAUACGUCUAUUAUCAGUCUGUUGGACAGAAAAUGUCUUUUGCUAGCCAAAUUCCGGCCUGCAGGACAAACAAACCGCUCACGUUUGCUGUCAUUCCGGAGAUAUCCAAGAUGUGAUAGUGAAUCGCAGCCUGCUUUGAUUCCCUCUGUGCGAGGGGGGAGAGGUAUAUAUAUACCUUCAAUUUCUAACCGUGGCCUUUCCUUGCUACAACUCCUCUCUACGACAUACCUUGCUUCCUGUGGCCUCCUCCUGAGCUUGAAUUUCUUUAGAAGACUUUACAAGAAUUGCAUCUCUUCUCAUACCCACACCUGGCUGACCUCUUAGGUGGCAUAUCAAAAAAAUGAACCGCUUCAACAUACUUUUUGCAAUCCUCCUACAUAUCUUCGUCGUUGCAGGUGCAUCCACCCCUCUAUCACCGGAAACCAAUGCCACAAAAAAUGCACCCGUUGAAAAGUUCACUCUCGCCCCAGGCGUCAUGGUAAACACGCUCGACCCGGAGUAUCUCCCAGUCCAAGAGUCCACAAAAAAUCCCAGAAGCACUCUCCAUCGCCGUCGGACACAUGUAAAGGAUAUCAUGAUGACUCUGGGCCCACGAGCCGACAAACCUGUCUGUCCGCGGGAGAAACCAUGGCUCUGUGAAGGGAAAACUUGCAUGAAUAAAUAUUUCCAGCUCUGCUGUAAGGGGGGUGGGGUUUGUGAUAGCCCUAAGCGUUGCGUCAUGACGUUGUUUAAUACGGUUACGUGUGGUUAAUUAGCUGGGGCCCGGUGGGAUGGAUUGGAUAUGUUGAGUUAUGAGGGGUGGAUAUACUGUACUUCUUCAAGACGGCUAUAUUAGGAAUAUUUACGUCACUUAUUUUUUGGGCAUGGAAGCUUGUUUGAACGCUGAUAACUUUUGUGCUCCUAUUUCCAUGACCUGCAAAGCAUAGCUUCGAAUUAAAGCCGCUGGAAUACAUACAAAAUAUCCAAGGAACUAAGAAUAUCCUCUCUACUAUGUAAGCUCUCAAAUAAUGAUAUGUUUCAUUCUUCAAUUGGC